UGAAGAGUCCGUCUGCAGGUGCAACAAUGGCUGUGAUGCUUCUCUUGCUGACCUUUGGGGUCGGGCUUGGAUCUACAAUGGUAUGAAGCUUCUCGUGCUUUGGCAAAAGAUGCUGUUCAGGCACCACUUGACCUGGAUCUCUCUCCCAACUCUGUUGAUGACAUGUAUAAAAGAUGUGUUACGACAAUGGAAAAACUGGCACCUGGGUUGCUGGAAAAAGAAAAAAGUAAGAAUUCAAAUUUUAAGCAGGCCUGGGAUAAAGCACAAGAGAAAUUUGGAGCGGAACCCAGAACGGCAGUCAGACAGUUCCUCAACAAGGUCCGCGACACGAUCACCGACAAGGUCGCUGGCAAGAUCACCGGCGAGAUGAGUCUGAAGGAGAAAAUGGCCGUCUACGCUUACACUCUUAACCAGCCCCCGCUUUAUAAAGAGUUCAAUCAGGCCGUGCGCACUGAGGGAUCCUCCUACAGAACCACCUUCCAAUAUCACGCUCUCCACUUCUACCUGACCACUGCUGUUCAAAGACUCAAAUCCAUGCAGGGCAGGGGAUGUCGUACUGUCUACCGGAGGGUUGGACUCAGCUUUCGCCGAGACGUUGUGAACAAGUCCUUUCGGUUUGGCUCAUUCACCUCCAGCAGCAUGGACGGCUACGCGAGCCCAGCAUUUGGUAAAACAUGCUUUAAGAUUGAGACCUGCUUUGGGGCAGCCAUUUCUCAAUAUUCUGAAUUUCCAAAUGAACGCGAAGUCCUCAUCCCUCCCUACGAGGUCUUUACAGUCACAGCUGUGGGGGAGAACGCUGAACCUACAUGUGAUGUGGAGUACCAGGUCAAGAGUACUGGAAAUACACAGUCGAAUUUGAAUUGUGCACUUCUCAACAAUAUUUAGGCGCAAAUGCCUUCAAGCCUUCACGUGUUUGGACUUUGAAA